UCAUAUAAUUGGACCAACGCCAUGUUCUCUUGGCAAAGAACAGCUUUCCAUUUUCAACCAGAAAAAAAUUGGAUGAAUGAUCCUGACGGUCCAUUGUUUCACAUGGGAUGGUACCAUCUAUUUUAUCAAUACAAUCCUGAUUCAGCUGUGUGGGGCAACAUUACAUGGGGUCAUGCUGUAUCAACGGACAUGAUUCACUGGCUCUACCUCCCCAUUGCCAUGCUACCUGACAACUCCUUUGAUAUCAAUGGUGUAUGGACUGGCUCCGCUACGAUUCUGCCAAGUGGCAAAAUCAUAAUGCUUUACACAGGCGACACCGAUAACUAUGUGCAAGUCCAAAACCUUGCCUACCCCGCCAACCUAUCUGAUCCCCUUCUACUUGAUUGGGUCAAGUAUGCGGGUAACCCGGUCUUGGUGCCCCCACCCGGCAUCGCCCCCAAGGAUUUUCGUGACCCGACAACGGCUUGGAUUGGGCCCGAUGGAAAAUGGAGGGUCGCCCUUGGGUCAAAGAAAAGAAAUAUGGGCCUUUCAUUAGUUUACACAACCACGGAUUUCAUCAAUUUUGAGCCCAAUGAUCACUACUUGCAUGCGGUUCCGGGUACGGGUAUGUGGGAAUGUGUGGACUUUUACCCGGUUUUGGUAAACGGGUCUAAGGGUUUGGACACCUCGGUUAAUGGUCCACAUGUUAAGCAUGUGUUGAAGGCUAGUAUGGAUGACACAAGAGUGGAUCAUUAUGCACUAGGCACCUAUUUUGUUGAAAAUGAUACAUGGGUGCCCGAUAACCCACAUCAAGAUGUGGGUAUUGGGUUGCUUUUGGAUUAUGGAAGAUAUUAUGCUUCUAAGACUUUUUAUGAUCAACAAAAAGAUAGACGGAUUCUGUGGGGUUGGAUUAAUGAAACUGAUACCCAAUAUGAUGACUUGAGAAAGGGUUGGGCAUCUCUUCAGACAAUUCCGAGAACAGUGUUGUUUGACAACAAGACUGGGACUAAUUUGCUUCAGUGGCCAGUAGAAGAAGUAGAAAGCUUAAGACUAAGCAGUGCUGAAUUUGAAGGAGUGGUGGUUAAGCCUGGCUCUGUUGUGCCACUGAACAUAAGCCUCGCAACACAGUUGGACAUAAUUGCUGAGUUUGAGAUUGAAUCAUUAGCAUCCAAAGGGCUUGGGAAGGACAACGUAGGUUGUGGAAGUGGUGUCACAGAAAGAAGUGUUUUUGGACCAUUUGGCCUUUUGGCUAUUGCAGAUGACACACUUUCUGAAUUAACACCAAUUUAUUUCCGGCUAUCUAAUAUUAGCCUUGGUAGUUCAACCACAUUCUUUUGUGUUGAUGAAACAAGAUCAUCCAAGGCUCCUGAUGUAGCAAAGCCAAUUUAUGGAAGCAAAGUUCCAGUCUUCAGUGACGAAAAAUUAUCAAUGAGGGUGUUGGUGGACCAUUCAAUAAUUGAGAGCUUUGCUCAAGGAGGGAGAACUGUGAUCACAGCAAGAGUUUAUCCAACAGAAGCAAUAUAUGGAGCUGCAAGAUUAUUUCUAUUCAACAAUGCAACUAAUAUAAACAUUAAGGCCUCCCUAAAGAUUUGGCUAUUGAACUCUGCUUUUAUACGCCCCUUUCCCUUUGAUCAGAGCCUCUUAGAAGUUUAG